AUGGUGGAACCAAGUUCUUCAAGAACGGUUCAAGGCGAGCUAACCUCAGCUGAAGACCACGUUGAGACUCGGCCCGCUAGUCAGCCAGUGAGCGCUGCCUUGAUUGCCGUCAGCGUAGUCAGCGUAGUGAUAAUUAUAGCCUUGGUACUACUGGUGGUGGUGAUAGUCAAGAAACGGAAUGCUCCACAAAACUCCUUGCCGACCAAUCCGCACUUGAACCCUGCAUUUGACAACAAUGGGAACGACAAACCGGAGCGCCAUUUAUCGAGCAGCCCACAUCAGGGCGACACGUCACAUUACGAAGGCCUGACGCCAGCCAUGCCAAAUAUCAGCAGCAAAGAUGAGCAUCCUUAUCAACAAAUUACCGGGAAUCCUGUAUACGAAAUCCCAACGUUCACGGUUUACGAAAAUGGAGCGAAUGACUAUCAGCCUAUUUUGCCCAGCACCCGCGAAGAGAACGUGUAAAAAAUUAACGCAAUAGAUUUGAAUUUAUUUCUUGCUGCGCAUAAGCUUUACGUAUACGUAGGCCUACAAAACCCUCCAUUUAGUGUGUGUGUGUGU